UUUUGCCUAGGUCAUUAAUUUCCCAAGAAAAUGGCAUUGGUUCCUUAUGAAGAGAGUGGCGUCCAUGGACUGAAGAAGUUUCACAAUUCCGAAGCUACGUAUCAUUUCGCCAAUCACUCUGUACGGAUCAGGCAAAACUGGAAAGAACUGGGUGUAGCAGCAGUCGUCUGGGAUGCCGCGGUCGUUCUUUGCAUGUACUUGGAAACAGGUGCCGUCGAUCUGAAUGGAAGAUCAGUGAUCGAAUUGGGUGCAGGAACAGGUUUAGUUGGAAUCGUAGCAGCAAUGUUGGGUGCCCGUGUAACAAUUACAGACCGUGAGGUGGCCCUGGACUUUCUCACGAUGAAUGUGAGAGAAAACCUUUCUUCUGAGCUGCAGGACAAAGUAUCUGUAACUCCGCUGACCUGGGGGAAAUCUCUUGAGAACUUCUCGACAUUUGAUGUCAUAGUGGGAGCUGAUAUCAUUUACCUAGAGGAGACUUUCCCAGAGCUACUGAAAACAAUUCUCCACCUCAGCUCGGAGGACUCUUUGGUUCUGUUAUCGUGUCGCCUUCGCUACCAGAGGGACCAGAACUUCCUAGAUAUGCUGAAACAGGAUUUUGUAGUAACAGAGGUUCAUUAUGAUAGUAAUACCGAUGUCCAUAUAUUCAAAGCUCACAAGAAGACUCCACGGAACGAGCUUUAAAUGACAAAAUAAAAACACUUUCACAUUC